UGCUGUCUCAUCUGUGAGCGGAUCAGAACUUUCCUCUAAGGGGAUGGAUCCCCAGAGAGAGAGACCCAAGAAAAUGAACACAGAAAAUCUAAUUGCUGACAGGCAGGAAGGAAUUGGUGUCUGUGGCUGGAUCCUGGUUUCCCUUUCAUUCCUCCUGGUGCUUAUUACCUUUCCUAUUUCCAUCUGGGCAUGUAUUAAGGUUGUCAGAGAGUAUGAACGUGCUGUUGUAUUUCGUCUGGGACGUAUUCUGCCUAAGAAAGCAAAGGGACCAGGAAUGAUCCUUGUACUUCCAUGUACAGAUACAUUUAUCAAGGUUGAUCUUAGGACAGUUACCUGUAAGAUUCCUCCACAAGAGAUUCUCACGAGAGAUGCUGUUACUGCCCAGGUGGAUGGGGUGGUGCACUACAGGAUCCACAGUGCUGUCUGUGCUGUUGCCAACGUCACUGAUGUCCACUCUGCCACCUUGCUCCUGGCACAGACAACCCUGAGAAAUGUUCUGGGUACACAGAGCUUGGCUCAGCUCCUGGCAGGUCGAGAGGAGAUUGCACACAGUGUCCAGGCUACCCUUGGCAGUGCCACGGAGCAGUGGGGAGUCAAAGUGGGCCGUGUGGAGAUCAAAGACAUCCGGAUCCCCGUGGCCAUGCAGAGGGCAAUGGCAGCUGAAGCAGAGGCUGCUCGAGAGACAAAAGCUAAGGUUGUGGCAGCUGAAGGAGAAAUGAAUGCUUCCAAAGCUCUCCAGAAGGCCUCCAUGGUGCUGUCUGAGUCUCCAGCAGCUCUACCCCUGCGUUACCUGCAAACAUUAACAGCUGUGGCAGCACAGAAUAAUUCCACCAUUGUCUUCCCUCUCCCCAUAAAUAUGUCUGGAGGUUUGGGGCAGAAAAGUACAGGGGGAUAGAGAAUGUUCUAUGCUAGCUCCUAGACCAGAGAUAUUUAAAGGUUUUCCUAGGAACCAAUCCCUAGGAUCCUAGGGGUCCUGAUUGGCAGAGUUAAAGUAGAAGCACGUUUGGGUCCUCUGUCCCCAAAAUAAGAGUAAAGUAAGUAUAAUAAUUAUGCACAGCUCCCACGUUGAGACUGCAUUUGCAAAGUUUAGACACCAAGCAGUUCCAGCUUAGACUCACCUGGAAGAAAAUAUAUAAAAUGGACAUUAGAGCUAAUAUAAAAUUUUAAUGAUGCUUUCACCACACUUUAGAGUUUCGAGUGUUGCAAUUAUUUGAUGAUUUGUCUGCUAGGCAAGAACCUCUGAGUUGUUGAAGGGUCAGAUGUUAUUUAACUCAUGCCCUGUGGAGUGGAAAGAAAGGAUUUGGCUCUAAACCUUAGAGGUAUUCUUUCAUAAAUAUUGGCAUAAUUACUGGGUAAUGGGUAUGUCAGUGGAACAGCCUAUUCUUUAUCUUACAUUAAUAGAAAUUAAUACUUGCUUUAUUGACUUCAGCCGUAUUUUGCCAUAUCACUGACUUUCAUAUAAGCUGUGUAAUAAAGUAAAGAGAAUGUAUGACCAGGCAUUAAAAUCACAUUUCAUAAAUGUGAAAGCUGGGGCAAACCUCAAAGUCAUCUGUCAAUUUAAGUGUCUGUCUUACACCCUCAGAAGGUUUCUUUGCAUACGCCAUGAAGUUACAUAUUUACAUAUUCAGCUUUUCCUGAAAUGAGCCUUCCCUACCCUCCAUCCAUGCAGUGCUUGACAGCUGAGAGGAAGAUGUUGCUGAUAUUCAGGUUCAGCUGAUGCUAAAUUUGACUUUGCAGUCUUCAGAGAUAGCUGUUCAGUUCACAGUUUGUCUUGGCCACAUGAGCACCACUGUUGCCCUUUGUAGCAGUAGGGUCCUUUGACUCCAAAUUAACCACCCCUGUACUGACCUACUACUUAUCAUGUCAUUGACAAAGGCCCUUCUUAUUUUACCACAGUGUAGCACAAGCAGUCCAGGUGGUAAAUGUUUGUGCUCAGUCACUGCUGGCACAAAUAAUGCUAUGAGCAUCUGAGGAUGGUGACCUACCCAUUUCUUCUUUGCUUCAGACAUGACUGCCAAAUGGCAUUUUGCUGG